UGAGAAACUAUCUGGUGUGAGAAGAGUGAGUGGUUUUACUUUGUUGGGUUUUUUUGGUAGCAAUUUACUCAGAAACCCACAAGUUUGAUAGCUCUAAAGUAGUCUGAGAUCAGUGGCAGGUAAGUAAGGGUGCAGAUCCUGGGUAUGUUGACUGUUAAAAACAUUCUUAUAAGGCAGGAGGAGAGUGUGCAUUUUCAGUGGGUCCUAGUGCAGAGUUUUAGGGGUGGAAGCCAAGUAAUGAGAAUAUGUUAAUUCUACAGGGCUCUUCAGUAAGGAUCACCACAGGUGAAAGGAAACUGCCCUAGAAUGCACCAGAUGAAUAGAAUGAGUAAGCACAUGGGUCGAUAUGCAAAUGCUCAUUCCCUGUGGAGCAAGGGAACACUCCUGACUGGUCUUCUGUCCUUCAUUACCCUUCACAAUCAGGACAAGGUUGGUCCUGCUAUCAGCAAAUGAAGACAAAAUGCAUGCGGCUCCUAGGUCUCUGGAAAUCUUCUUGGUCUUAUUCCCAGCUAUGCAAUAGAUUGGUGGGGUCUUUAUCAUCUCUGUAUUCUUUCCUGUGUGGGAGGGUGUAACAGCAGAGGGCAAAUGUCCUGGAUGGGCAUCAGAGAUUCUUUAACUCUCCUCUGCAGUUGCAAGAACAGCAGAGAAGUGGAGCUGCACCUUGCGAAAAGGUCUAGAGCCUCCUUGAGAGGAGUGACUCCUGGAUAGCUGGCCACAUCCCUUGGUUUGGAAUGGCAAGCUGUAGAAAUACUUGGCACUAGAAAAGCUGAGGUUUCACCACACCCACAGUCUUGCUGGAGCCUCACCUGCCACAGGUAUCAGGAGCAGGACACUCCUUUGGAAGGGAGGAGUAAAAUUAAAGAUUGAUAUCGGUGUGGAUAACUGACUUUAAGAUAAGCAACAAUAGCUGCAAAAGGUAGUGAUCCCUGCAGCCACACAGUGGGCCAGAGCAGAAGCUGCACUGAAUUGGCCUGUCUGAAAUGGAUUUGCCUGUCUCAGUUCCCCAGUGCCAUGUACCUUCUGCCUAGGGACUGCAAAGAAAGACACUGGUAGGAAAGCACAGCUGGGAACCAAGGUGGGAAAUUCAAGGCUUUUUACUUUGGUGACAGCCUGAGCUGAAGUCUCCUUAAAAUAACCAUGAGGAACACAGCCUGUUCAAGGACCUGGCAGCCCUCCAAAAGUGGAGAUGACCAAGAGGGAAAACUAAGUGUGAUGACUUUAGCAACACCGUUAAUUUGUGAUGAGAACAGUCUCAGUUUAGGAGGGAACUCUGAGUAAGAAGUGAUUUGGGAAUCUUCAGGUUCUUAGUUUACAAAGCAGGACUGAAACUAAUAAAUGUUCCCAGUUUAGCCAAAUGCUGAAGAAGGAAAAUACCCAAAAUACCUAAAAGCCUUUGGAAGCACUUAAGAAGGAAUAGAAUGAAUUGCAUGACCUGUGAAAGACGCAGACACGUACCAAGCAUUCUGACAUUGUAUAAAUGUGAAGUUGUGGUUUGCCCGCAGUGGCAUGUGAAAAGCAUCUGUAAACAUUCAAGUGCUGCUUCAACUGGAGGGAUUUUCUGUGACUGAAGUGAGCAACAGGUUGACCCACACAGCAGAAGCCAGGACUACCUGACAUAAACGGCUGUACUGAUACACCAGAACAGGUUCGCCUACUCGCUCAGCAGAAUCUCACUGCUCAGACAGGCCGUUUACAUCUUCCUGCUCCCCUUCACUAUCUGUGGGAUUGCAUCGUUAUCCAGUCCACUCCCAUCAUUUGAUCAGAUAAAGCUGGCCAAGAGAUUCCCCUAACCUUUGGAAGCAUUCAGUGAUGGAGUUCUUGGGGUGGUAGAACCCACAGAGGCAUACAGCUGGGAAGCUACCCGUCCUAUGGUUGAGGGAGAAGGAAUCUCCCUACAUGGCCUGGGGUAGGGGAGCCCCUCCACCCACAGGUUGCUGGUUGGAGCCCCACUCCCUGCCUUCAGGCCUUUCCUCAUGGACUGACUUAUGCCUUUGAAAGCAUCAGCCAAGGCCUCCCUUCACACAGUAACUAGCAACCUGCACUUUGCUCCUGCAAGUAGCUCGGGCCUGCCAAGUUCGAUAAACUGCGUGAGGGUGAUUUCCUUGUGCUCAGUAUGCAAUAGAAUGUGUUGCAUUGUUAAUAUUCUAUUAUUUGGUGCUUUUUGGAGGGACCUCCCAUCUUUUUCCCCCACUUUUAGUCAUUUCUACAUGUCUGAAUUCCAGCCUUCACCAAGGUCUCAUUCAUGCAUCCUGCUUUCUAAGCACCUUCUGCACUCUGCCCUGCUCCUUUCUCCCCAGCCUUGCCCCACCAGACAGCCUGCUACCAGGUCCCUAAACUGCCCUACGGCUGCUUCUUUCUUUGCUGUUCAUGCUGCACUGCAAUAUGGUCCUUCAGGCUCUUCUCCCAUCCUAUGGGCUGCUGCCUGCCCAAGCCAUUUGCUUCCAGUUCUGCUUUCCUUGUGUUUUGCAGGGUUCAGGGGAGAUGGGAGCUGCCUCAGCAGUUCCUGUGUGGCUGUCCUCAUCCUGGUGGUGUUCUAGGAGACACGUCUGUGCUUUGAAGUCUCUUGCUGGAAGAAGCUACUACAGUCCCUGUGCAGGUGGAGGUGCUUCCAUUGCACACCUCAGCCAUUCAGGGACUGACAGGGAUCUGUGUUCACAGAUGCUGUAGAAGAUAGCAAUGAGGUAAAUGAUAGAAAGCAAUGGAGAUCCUGCUGGGCUCUCUGGGCAAGCCUCUUGUUGCUUAAUGAUGUUGCUUAACUGCUUGUUAGAAAAAUACUGUUAACUUAUAUUCAGCAACUUCUUUCAACUCGCUAAUUGUAGUAGUCUUAAACGAUUUCAGUGAGUAAAGAGAAGGAUGGUUUAGAGGUAGAGCAAACCUAUCCAAAUUUUGUGUUGUCCCAGAAGGUUAGGAUACAUUCUAACUAGUAACAGCCUCAACUGUGUCAUUUUUCUGCUUGAUGAUGAUAAAUGAGCAGUUAGGAAAUCCAGAUUUCAGUUAGUCAACAGAGGUUUUUAACCAUGUUGGACAUCUAGGUUAACCACUCCGGAGAUAGGGGAUUAUCAGCUGUUAUGUAAACACAGAUAUGUCUUUUAAUUGGAACAGGGGACUGUGACAGAUGCUGUGUUUGCUAAAGAAACCAGACUGUCAUGCAAUACAUCCAGAAUGUGUUUUGUUUGACAGAAUCAUGCACGUGGAUUGCCACUUUCCUUUGCCUUUAUCACUAGUAAAACCAUGCUGCUGAUCAGACAUGUGGAUCAUUAAAGACUGGACUUAGUUCUUAUUUGGGUUGUCAGCUUUGGGGAAACGUUUUGUGAGGAGUUUGUCCAAGGAGGCGAGAGGAUGACGUCACCUCCCCGAGGUUGUGGCAGCAUCAAUGAAAGCUAUUACCUGCUUUGUGACAUGGAGGAGGCCUGGGGGAUUGUCCUGGAGUCACUGGCUGCGGCUGGCAUCCUCGUCACCAUUUUCCUCAUCUGCUCACUCUUCUUUCUCAUCUGCAAAGUCCAAGACAACAGCAAGCGGCACAUGCUCUCUGUCUAUUUCUUCUUUCUCUUAGGCACACUCGGCGUUUUUGGUCUCACUUUUGCCUUCAUCAUUAAACUCAAUGAAAGGACUCGCCCUACUCGCUUUUUCCUAUUUGGAGUAAUCUUUGCUCUUUGCUUCUCAUGCCUCCUCGCCCAUGCGUGCAAUCUCAACAAGCUAGUGAGAGGAAGAAAGCCAUUCUCCUGGCUGGUGUUGCUGCUCCUCAUUGUUUCCUUUGCCCUGGUACAAAUUGUGAUCAAUAUUGAGUAUUUAGUCACCAUGCUAGUAAACCAGAGAGAGGAUUUUUUGACUAUGUCUGCGGAGAAGACUAACAAAGACUUUGUCAUGCUUUUGAUCUACGUGCUCUUCUUGAUGGCUCUGAUCUUCUUGGUUUCCAUGUUCACAUUCUGUGGGUCAUACAAAAGCUGGAAGAGGCAUGGGGCACACAUCUUUGUCACUGUCCUGUUCUCCAUUGCCAUUUGGGUAGUGUGGAUCACUAUGCUCACAAAAGGCAACACAGCCUUAAACAAAAAAAACUGGGAUGAUCCUGUUGUGGCCAUUGCUCUGGUGUCCAAUGGAUGGGUCUUCCUGAUAAUGUAUAUCGUGCCUGAAAUUUGUUUCCUCACUGCCCCUCUGAAGCUAGAGGACUACCCUCCAGAAAAUGACUUCUGCCAACCCAAGUUCAUAAAGCAGACAACUGGAGUGGACAACCGUGCCUACACCCAAGAUGAACUUGUGCAAGGAAACACAGGAGACAACAGCUACUCCCCAUACUCUUCUCAGUUUCAGAUGAAGACCAUUGAUCCCCAAAAUGAUUUCUCCAUUCCUCGGGCCAAGGCCCAGACAAGCCCAUACCAUGACUACACCGGUGGGAAAGGCCCCAUGUAACAGUUCCACAGUGAGCAAAAGGCUAAGUGCCCAUCAGCAGAGCUGUGGGGAAUGGGCCACAUGGUGACAAGUGAGUCAUCCUGCAAAAGAGACAAGAGUCAACACACACUGGCAAAAGAGAAGAGGGGUCCUCUUUUCCCCACACACCUUGUAAGCCCCUCUCAUUCCUCACACACAGUUUUCAGACACAUCCUGGUCCUGCUCACUCUUUUUCUCUGUGGUAUGGAGCUCAUUUCUUCUGACAGAGGAAUGUGCUAGGAAGAGCCUAUCCUGGACUAUUUUUAGCAGGAAUGCUGUAGGGCUAGAGCAGCAGGAAGCUGAUCAGCUGCAUUUGUGACCAUCUCUGCCCCAGCCAGGACUUGCUUUGAUAGCUUGUGGGUAUGCCUGCGCCCUGUGUGUGACGGAAGAAGAGGAAGGAACAGAAGCAUCAGCCCCACUCCUGCAUGAACACAUCUCCAGUACUACCAAGAACACCCUUAUCAAUACACCAUUUCUUUUGUGCUUACUCCCAUCCUUUCCUGGCCUUCCUCCAGACAGCAGGGAAGAGACGGGGGGCUGGGAAGAGUAUUCUUUUUUAAUUCUUCAUAUUCACUUUCAGCCCCUUCCUCAUCACCUGGGGACCACCUGGAGUGAAGAGGGGAGAGAAAAUCUAAAGACAUGAAAACAUCUACCCCUAUUUACUUUGAUAUGUUUUCUGAUUUUCACUGUAGCAUCAGCCACCCUCCUAGCUCAGGCUCCUGACCAAGCACCCCAAGGUGCCUGUUCCAACCUGCAAAUCCUCCUUCCCCACCCCUACAACCCCUGACUGUGGAUCCCUGCAAACAAAACCUGUUCUGUGCAGCUGCUUCCAAUGCCCUGGUGGCAUUUAAUCACAUGCACCUUGGAGCUCUGCUUGCUCCGGAGCGUGUCUGUGGCAUUAACACAAACAUUUCCCAAGCAGCCAGCUUAAGGAAGGUGGAUGCCCCUGUUCCAGGAGUGAGUGAACGUGUGUGUGUGUGUGUGUCUGUGUGUCUGUACGUGCUGUGUGGACUGCACCCUGGUGAUGAGCAACAAGUCUGCAGAGUUGAAUCAUUCUGUAGCCUGCUUUGCAUUUGGUAAAUAGCUUUCCAUGAUAUUUCAUAAAGCAAUGCAUAGAGCUGUCCAAGUGGGUGUGUAUGAUACACAGGUGUCUGACACAGCUGUAUAUUUAUUUAGUACUUUGUACAUGGAAUAUUUAAUUAAUAAAAAGCCAGGGAGCCUGACUACGAGAGACUGGUGCUCCUCUCAGGGAUGUAGUUGAUUCCUCUAAUGGCUGGUGGAGUGGCAGCAACAGCUCUCCAUGGGUUGGAGUGGGUCACCUGGGAGACUGUAGCUCAGGGGAGAAUGGCAGAGAUGCUGGCUUCUUCAAAGUUGUGUUGCUCUGGGUAAGAGAUCAGCUGCUUGAGGGUGCAGAAGACGGUUAUAGCUUCUCUGUGCUACUUUUCUUGAAUGAAGCAAGCUGAUUCGAUGUUUUAAGUGUUUAAGAAAUAUGAGGCCAAGCAGCAAAUGCAGGAGGAGAGAUAGGACCUUUUCAUCCUGUAUCUGUGUCUGCUGCAUCUACAUUCCAGUAUUUAUUUACUUGUAUCGUUCUGGGUUCUUGCAUAAUCAAGAACAGGCGAGGAGCUUGUAGGUAUUUAAUUCAGCUGGCAAAAAUCUGUCUUUCCAAUGUUCUGAAGACAUGUAAUAUUUUAAUUUGAAAGUAGAAACAAUAUCAAAGCAAAAUAAUCAUGAGUAUGAAGAUGUUAAUAGUAAUAAUUUUU